AUGGGGUGCACCUCCUCCUCCCUUUCGUUUCGCGAUGUGUACAUCGACCUCCAACAGCGCUGGGGUCUUGACCCGAAGUUGUACGGGGUAUUGGAGCCGAACGGUGUUCGUGAAAGAUCGAGUGUUUUUGCGUCGUGCGCGAGCAGCACAGCGCGGCAGGCGUCCCAGGAACUCGUCUUACGAGACGGGCGCCUUUUCGUGUGCGAUUCACUUCUAGUCGAACAGGCGCCUCUCCUAAAACAUCCCUUAUUUCAUGGUGAGGGAAAGGGCACGCUACAUCCGUACACCGCAGUCCUCUUUCGGCGGUUGCUGUCCGCCGUGUCAGCAGAGCAUGCUCGCCAUGCUGCAGCAGAGGUGUUUAGCGUCGUCCGAGAUGGGGGUUUCAUCGCCCGGUGGGACUUCCGAGUGUGGAUGAUGGCGUGUUGCGAGUUCUACCAUGUGCUGGCGAUACUGCAAGAACAGAAAGCACUCCCUAAAGAAACAAAGACGUUCAUGAAGGCACUUACGCGGUCAUCUGAGCACAGUACUCUACUCCACAGCACAGAGGGAACGGUGCUCUCCCAAGAUACGCUGGAGAAAGUGUGGAGGGACGGAUCGGCAGUUCAACUCACCACGUCCACCCUCGGCGCACCCGUUAUGAGGGAGCUCUGCUCUCAAAUGCCCUCCGUCCUGGCAUGUGCCCCAAAAGGCGAAAGCUCGACCGCAGCGAGCACAAGCGGCGAUUCUCUAGCGCCACGGCUCAUCGCUUUAGCGAAAGAGUACGAAAAGCGGGUGUUGUCGAUGACGGGGCGGCAGAGCAGUAAUCCUCUGCGCAGCUGUGACAACGCCUCAGCGCCUUCGAGCGUCCCGCUUCUGGUGUUUGCGGAGUGGGCCGCGAUGGAGUGUGCGCUCUCUUUCUGCGGUCAGGAAGAAGACUUUGCUUCAUACGGCGUCACACCGCUGCCGCUCUCUCUCGUAUUAGCACAGCACGAGAACAACGUACGACAGCAGUGGCGCGCGCGACUGCUUCAUUUGAGUGAGGUCAAGUCCGAGCUGGCGGAACUGGAGCCGUUCGAUCAUCUCUCUGGAGCCUACAAGCAGCUACUGGCGAAAGCGGAAGGUCUGGAAAGGGAGGUGGAGGAGCAGGUCGCGAGGUGGCGCCGCGGUCGCGAGGUGCUGACGGCCGAGGAUGCUGAAGAUAUGUGCUGGCAUUUGUUGGAGAUAUGGGAGUCUCUGCCGAAUCGGACCGUGCACCAGAUUUUGUCCCGCAAGGCAUUUGAGUGCGCUGCUGGAGCUGACGGCACUAUUGCGACUACCGGCCAGCUGUGCCAGUACUUGAGGUAUUACCUGGCACUCCACGAUUUGUACCGAGACGUCCUCUUCCACCAGCUGAAAGGGUCGGAGGUGGGGGGGUUGGGCGACGGUUUAUGCUUGCCAAGGCAUCUGGACUUCGACACCUUCCGCACUGCAUUAGUGGCAGCACAGGCGAGACAUGACGCCGACAUCGAACCUCUCCUGGGUGCUGCCGCGGGGUGUGGCCCGGUGACACCAGCAUUGGUCCUGGAUGUUAUGCGUCAGCUUUUCGACUCAGUUGCCGAUGAUGACGCUAAGGAUGGCGUGAAAGGUGUCAGUUUCGAUGCACUUUGCGCGAUGGUGCUUCAAAACCUAGCGCGGGGGCGCCGCGUAUCCCCAUCCUUGCGCUCUAUCGAUGAGCUCCGUCGUGCGCUUGGCAUGAAUGAAACGAAGCAGCAGAGCGCCUUCACGGCGUCCUUCCUCCGCCAGGUAUCCACCGCCCAUCAAGACGAUUUUUCUGCAUGCAGUCCACUGUUGGCCACUAAGGCGCUGGAGGCAGCGGCGGAGCUGCCUCAGUACACCAAUCACAGCGCUCGCGUGGCUGCGAUGGCAGUGCGGUAUGCCUCUCUUGACCCUCGCUGCUGGUCCGCUCUUUCUGCUAGUGAUGAUGUCGAGUUGGCGGCGCUAACGAGGUGGCUGUAUCGAUUACGUUCCGAGUCACUCGAUCGUUUCUCACAAACGGAGGACUCGGCGCACAUGGAGUUUGCUGUGCGCACACUUUUCUGUUUCGCCGCUGCGCAGCGUGGGAUUGAGGACACCGCGCCAGGGGCGGAAAAGUCGGUGAAUUAUGACGUCUGCUUCGACGGUGUUCAGUUCAGCGCGACGCGGCCGCCGAUGACCACGGAUGUAACUCAGUCUCAUUUUGUCCGUGCUGUGGCGGCGAUUUGCAAGUACCUGGAGUGCCCGGCGGAGGUGUUGUUGAACAACGCACAGGCCCUUUUGCUCCCGGCGAACAGUGCGGCGGAUGUGUUCAUUACACAAGCGGUGAACCCCACCUUUACCAUUGAGAGCGCCUUCCGCUUUUUCCAGAGUGUGUCGCACUCGACGGCCGACUGGCACGGGUGCGACGACGAAGUCGAAGAGCAGAAUGCUCAGGACAGGAAGCAGACAGCCAGGGUGCGCCACAUUCUUUUUGUUAUGGUGUUCAACUACACGCGUCAGCACUGCUUCAGGUACUGGAAGAACCACAAGCGGUACGAUGACGACCUCGACGCUUCGUUGUCAGCGGCAAAGGACGGCAGUGACGCUGACUACCCGAAGUGGGACGGCGAGAGCGAGCUGCUGGCCCUCAGCCGCGCGAUGCCGCUGCGCACUCUCGCCGGCUGCUAUCGAGUCUUUGCCGAGUUGACCGAGCAGGAAGCACAACACAGUGGGCCAGCGGAAAGUGCAAGCGGUAGGCAGGCAGCCUUUCUCCAUGCAUUUUAUGAGCAGUACAUGCUGUUUUUUCAACGGCUUCACCUAGACGAGGACCACGUGACUGAAGUGGGUGUGCGCGCGCUUCAGUUCAUCGCAAGCCAAAGUGGUCGCUGCAGUUGCGACACGGGCGACCUGGGAAUCACCCGCCGCGACUUCAGCUCCUUCUUACAGUUUGUCCUGGGACACUUGUUGGUGGAAACAGCGUACGAAUCGACCGUGCAAGCCACCUCGGAGGCGAGAGGUGUCGCUCAGGAUGGGCCUGUAGAGGUGCUCCUCUCCGAGCAAGACUUCCGGCGCCUACUGGCGUGCUUUGGCCGUUUUACGAAAGGAGGUGUUUCGGCCAUUCCUACCAUUGAAGAGGCGCACCUAUGGCUGCGGUCCCAUCACGUCGACAACACAUACAAGGGGUUCAUCUCGCUGCAAAACGUGUUACUCUGGUACAGCUCCCAUCGUGCGGAGCAUUACGCACUAGAGUCCUUGUACGACUGGUGGCGAGAGUCGCACGCGCAGCGCAUCCCCUUCACGAUGUCGGUAGAGCAUCGCCGCGAGCGGAAGUCCGCGAUGCGGGAGAUUCUCCGCAUAAAGCAGCAUCGCGAAGACUUGCCAGAGUCGUACCCCGUCGAGGCUUCCGAGGACGAGGACGGCUACCUUCCGGUCGAAAUCACCUCUUCCGUGCUGGAGCGUCGCUGGAGCGUUGAAGAAAUAACCACCCGCGUCUUCGGCAUGGACGAAAAGCCAACAGCUGAGGCAACGCCACCUGGGGACGGCGGAGAGGCGCAAGCAUCUUCCCUUUCUUUGGCCGUGCCACUGUGGUUGGACAGCUGUGAGUGCGGAUGUAACGCGGCGCUUCACCCCACAGACCCCUACUCACGCAAGGUGCACCGCGGUGAAUUCCGUUUUCUCUUGGAGUACGUGCACCACUUUGUCUCAGCGUACGUCAGCCUGAACUACACCCUCACGUUGCUAGAGGCUUCUUCGGGCGCCGUGUCUGUCGAGGGCAGUGAGCACGGAAGCCCCAGCACCCCAGCAGCGCAUCAAGCAAAAAUGACAGAGCUGCUUUCGGAGAGUCUUCUCCUCCUCCUUCCUUUGACCAUCGUGCCCGUAGAGUUGUCGAGCAUGCUAUCCGGGGUGAUGGCCGACGUGUGGAAUGAUAUGCAGACGACGGGCGUCGUGGUGGAUGCGACCUACCGACGUAGUGCACACUCCAUUGCAGCUUUCCUCGUGGGCCGCUCGUACCUCAUCGCCUCUCGCGCCCGGAAGUCAUACCUGCAAGGCAUCGGGACCCAGGACCUCUGCGAGACGCUCACCACCCAAGACGCCGUUGUCGGCGCACUGGGCGCCUACGAUGUCUAUGCAAAACUGUCCUACUGGGAGCGUCUUCGCAUCCUGCUCCCCUUUGGCCCGUCGCUGCAGCGUCGUCAGCGGCGUCGCGAGUUCUUUAUGUGCAUGGACCACCACCGACGUGGGUACCUGACGGUGUCCGACAUCGCGCGCGGGCUAAUGGACAUGGUUCAGCUGCAGUCCUUCCGCGCAGACUUCACCCCAGCGCUGCUGCGCGCUUUCAGAGCGACCAAGGACGUGGCGGGGGAGCGUCAGAAUGUGGUAUAUCUCACUCAACACACGGAGGAGCAGGUGCUCAUGCCGUGGGAGCUCAAUGCCUUCCUGGAAUAUCUGUAUCGGUACCUCCAGCUCUACUUUAUGUUUGAUGUGCUGACGUGCGGUGGCCAUAUUCACCCGGAAACCCUCCACGUUGUGCAGAAGCAACAGCGAUGUGGCACAGCUGACCCAGAUGAGGGCAGCCCAAGCGGAGAGUCUGUUGGGGCCAGGAUGAGCAAACGAGCGGAUUAUGCCGCAGAUGCGGUGGUGGCUGCGGGCGGCGCGACGGCAGCGCCACACACUCGCAGUGCUGCGGUUGCCCUCUAUGAAGCAUCCAUGCAACCCUAUCAAAUCGCGCUGGAAGCGGCUCCAAUGAAGAAGGAGGUGUCGCUGUCUCAGUUCCGAAUGGCACGCCAGCUUCUCAGUCGAUGGGGCGCGCAUGUCGAAAACCCCGUGGAGGUGUUUCAGCAUGUCGACCGGCAGUGCCGCGAAGGGGGAAAGCUGCUCUUCAACGGGUUUGCCAUCUGGGCGUCCGAGCAGGAUCUCCAGCCCGAAGGGAAUGACUACGGGUAUGACGACUCUAUCGACGCGAUAGCCAUUAUGGAGGAGUACGCUACUCAGUGA